AUGGCGCAGCCGGGCACUGCAGCAAAUGCUCCGAAGCUCAGUGCCGGCUCCGUGCAACAACUGGCUGCCGGAACGUUCCAGCCGGAAGCAGGCUGUGCAUCUGGCCCCUCCGUGCAAGUAAUUGGCAGGAAGCCAGCCCGUGAGGGCAACAAGGACCGCCGCACUUGCCUGCGCAUCUCGGAUGGCUGCCACUACCUCCUGGCGGUGUUGGCCGAAGACAUCAAGGACCCGCAGCAGGGCAGCGUCAUCCAACUUCUGGACUGGUCCUGUGGGAAAUUCGAAGGCCUCCAGGCAGUGUUUGUGGAGGAUUGGGACCAGGCCUCGCCCGAGUGCUUCGGCAUCUUGGGAGAGCCGGUGGGUGUGCCGACGGCGACGGAAGCGUCGGAAGCGUCGGAAGCAUCGGCCGUCACGAGUGCUCCGAGUGCUCCGAGUGCUCCGAGUGCUCAGCUUGCUGCACCUCAUGCGGCCCAGGCCACUCACGCGGUGGCUCAGGUGAAGUGCCAGAAGCUCCUUGAGCACGAGAGGCCGGUUGCAAGCCCACUGCGCAACAUCCAGAUGUCCCAACCUAUGUGCUCUCAGCGAGACACGCCUUCCUUGGCAUCCCCAUCUGCCAUGGCUGCCAUGAUGCCUGCCUCCGCAUCCCUGCCAGUGGUGCCGAUUGCACAGCUGAGCUCCUUCAUGCAGCGCUGUAGGGUGAUGGUGCGUGUGUUGAGUAAGACGGACAUGAAGACUUUCAACAAUGCGCGCGGGCCGGGCAAGCUCUUCUCUAUGGAUCUCAUGGAUGCAGAAGGUGCGUGCGUCCGUGCUGCCUGCUUCAAUGGAGCUGCAGACAAGUACUUUGGCCUGAUGCAGAUCAAGAAGACCUAUGAGAUCAACGGUGCCUCCGUGAAGCCUGGCAAUCCACGGUUCUGCAAGUACCCCUUCGAGCUCACGCUCGAGGAGCGCAGCACAUCGGUCGUUGCUUUGCCAGAAGACGGAUCCAUCCCCCCCAUGCCAUACAAGUUUGUGCCGCUUGCUCACCUUGCAACCUCUCCGGCAGGUAGCUCCUGUGAUGUCAUGGGUGUGGUGCACUCCGUGGAGGAGCCUGUCAGCCUUGCCACCCGAAACCAAGGGCCACGCCUGAGGCGCCAGUUUGUGAUCCUUGACAGCUCGCAGGCGUCAGUAAGCGUGACGCUCUGGGGACAGCAGGCCGACCUUCACUUCGAGGUCGGGUCGGUGAUCUUCAUCCGAAAUGCCAAAGUCAGCGACUUUUCUGGCCGGAGCUUGGACCUGAAUGCCGGCAGCUUCUGGGAGGCCAAUCCGGAUGACCAGCGCGCCUUCCAGCUCAAGGCCUGGUACCAGGGUGGUGGCAAGAACGAGCCUGUGCGCUUCAUGCUGACGACAAGCCAGUCCUCAGCCAGAGGCCGCAAGAGAAGCCUGGCCGAGAUGCAACAGGAAGAUGCCCUGCUGCAGCUGCCUGGUGGUGAUGCAAGCAGCAAAGCCCGCACGGUGCACUACCACCGCGUCUCGCCCAUCACCGUCACGGCGGUGCGAAACGAGCGGACGCCUUUCUACUGGGGCUGCACGCAUGAGGUACCAGGGUUGGAAUCCAAGGUCCGGGCGUGCAACAAGAAGGUGGAGAAUGGCCAGUGCGCCGCAGGCCACAUCUGCCCCGAGCCGGCCGCCCGUUUCAUUCUGAACCUCACGCUCACGGAUGCCACUGCUGCUGUCCGCUGCCGAGCCUUCGGUGAGGCGGCCGAAACGAUUGCAGAUGUGCCAGCUUCCGAGUUCGCGGUGCUGGAGAACGAGCGGUUGGCAGGCAGCAUCCAUGCAGAGAAGACCUACACGAGAAUCUUCAGGAACAUGUACCGGCGCUGGGCGAUGACACUGAAGUGCCGGAAGGAGUGCUUUGAGGGGCGUGAGCGCGUCCAAGUUUCGGUGGAGAGCUGUGCCCCUGUGGACUUCGUGUCAGAGGGCAAAGAGAUGGCCGUGGAGGUGGUCACGGAAUCCAUGCCGGAGGGUCACCCUCCCAUCCGGAUGCGCGCCCCCUCCAUCUUCGGUGAGAGCCCCUUGCUGCUGGGGGCUCCUGCCAGGCGGACGGCCACGAUCAUCGCUAAAGCCAUCUGCGACGUGCGCAUGAUCCACCAGCGGAUCUUCAAUCAACUGCUCAGCCACUUCCCCUCGGAGCGGUUGGUCUAUCGGAAGAUGGCCAAGGAACGCUAUGGGAAGAGGCGGCGCAAGAGGCGCGGUGCUUCGAUUUGCUCCACGGAGACGAAGGACACCCGGGCUUCCUCUGUGGCCUCGGUCCUCGAGGAGCCGAAGGAGCUGGAAGAGCUGGAGCCCCGCAAGCCGAAGCCCCGAAAGGCGCCAGGUGACGUUACCCCAUCCCCACGGGGCGUGCAUCUUCCGCAGAUCUGA